GUUUGGAAGGAAAUUAAUGCACACCAGACCGUAUCAAGAAAAGUUUGUGCUAUUGUAGUAGAUGAAGCUCAUUGUAUUUUAGACUGGUGAGUUUAAAAUAUAGUAAUAUCAUUGUUUAGUAUCGCUUUAUCAGUUGAAACUUGAUACUUAUUUUAUGGUUAAGUUGCAGAUAAGGGCAGUUUAUAUUAUAUAAAAUAUUAUACUACAGUUGGUGAGAAAUUUUCCAUCUUCCUUUUGGUGUUAUUUGCUGUUUAUAUUGUAUAAAUAUUACUUCUAUCUACAAAAUACUAUCAGCUACAUUUAUAAAACCUUGUCCAGGUGAUUGCUUUUACCAUGUGCCUGACCCCCACCCACCCCACCUUAUCACAGACUCUAGUCCCGGAACAAAGCCUCAAAGCCAAAUACUGUUGGAAUGCUAAUGUAUCAACAUUGUUUGAAAGUUUUGGUAAUAUUAAUUAAAAUAUAUGUAUUGUCAUUCCAGGGGUAAAGAUUUCCGAAUUGAUUAUGGAAACUUGGCAGUCUUAUGUGCAACUUUCCCUAAUGUGCCUGUCAUAGCCAUGACUGCCACUGCUACCAAGAGCGAUAGGGAAAGCAUGAAGAAAAUAUUGGGCAUAAAGGAAUGCAGCGAAGUUGUUGGUAUUCCUGAUCGCAAGAACAUAUGUAUGAGAAACGCUUUAGAGUUGGACCAGAUGUAG